UACACAUAUAUGUCCUUUAUUACACUCUAUUAAAUAGAUUAAACAUCGUUAAUAACUGUUUGCAUCCGGUUAUAUUAGUCUGAGCGCACUUUGAUGCUUCUCGAGCUAGCUUAUCCUGCUAGUUAGCUUAGCGUGUUAGCUGCUAACAAAGAGAGGCGGAAGUGAUGAAAACACAUCGCUAAGCAGAGAUCAAGUGUGAGUGUAAAGUGUUGUGAUUGUGUGAAAAUGUGCGAAAGAACGAUAGCAGAGUACGAGGAGGAACUUUGUCCAACAAAAGAGGAGAAGGAGCGACAACAUGAAAAACAUCAAGUUGUGUUACACAGAACAGACAUCCAUCAGCUGAUUGGACACCAAGAAGAAUGUCUCCCUCAUCUCCAGGGGGACAGUUUCACUUUAGAGGAUACACAGCCCUCACGCUUUAAAGGGGACGAGGAGGAUCCACAGCCCCCUUAUUUUAAAGAGGAAGAGGAGGGAGAGUGUCCUGUAGGGCAGGAGGAGGCUGAUCUCACCAAGUUUCCACUGACUGUUGUCUCUGUGAAGACUGAAGAGCAUGAAGACAAAGCACCUGAGUCCUCACAGCUUCAUCACAGUCCAAACGUCUGUGAAAAAUAUCGUCCACCUGAGCAGCAGGAGGGGUCCUCCAGUAUGGAGCAGAAGAGGUCACAGCACCUCCACGUGAAAGAAGAGGAGCCACAGCCCCCCUACAUUAAAGAUGAAGAAAAACAGCGGCUGUCCCACGACUUCAUAGAGGAAGACAAGAGACACCUCAUCAGUGUGAAGAGUGAAGAUGAUGAGGUCAAAGUUGAAAGUGAGGAGCCUCCAAGCAGCAGCUCAACUCAACACAUGACAACAGAAGCUGAUGGAGACCACUGUGGAGGAUCACAAGCAGACAAGCUCUUAGCUCCACUAUCAGAUAGUGAGGACACAACGUCACACUCUCCUGACACUGAUGAUGAAGACUCUAAAGAUGAUAAGACAUGUCACACUGACAACACACACCUUACAUGUUCUCACUGCAACAAAACUUUUAAAUACCAUUGUCAUCUAAAAAGACACAUGAGAACACACACUGGAGAAAAACCUUUUUCCUGCUCAGAAUGUGGUAAAAGUUUUGCAGUAAGUCAAAGUUUAAAAGCACACAUGAGAACACACACUGGAGAAAAACCUUUUCCCUGCUUAGAAUGUGGUAAAAGUUUUGCACUAAGUCACAAGUUAAAAGAACACAUGAGAAUACACACUGGAGAAAAACCUUUUUCGUGUUCAGUCUGCAAUAAAUAUUUUACUCUCAGGCCCAAUUUAAAAACACACAUGAGAAUACACACUGGAGAAAAACCUUUUCCCUGCUUAGAAUGUGGUAAAAGUUUUGCACUAAGUCACAAUUUAAAAGAACACAUGAGAAUACACACUGGAGAAAAACCUUUUUCGUGUUCAGUCUGCAAUAAAUAUUUUAAUCUCAGGCCCAAUUUAAAAACACACAUGAGAACACACACUGGAGACAAACCUUUUUCCUGCUCAGAAUGUGGUAAAAGUUUUGUAAAAAAUGUAAGUUUAAAAGUACACAUGAGAACACACACUGGUGAAAAACCAUACUCCUGUUCAAGUUGCAACAAAGGCUUCCGUUACCUAAACACUCUUACAGUACACAUGAGAACACACCCAGGAGAGAAAGUGUUGAGUUGCAGUGUGUGUGGUGAAAGAUUCUCCUAUAAGUACCAGUGUAAGAAACACAAGUGUGCUGGUGAGAACAGCAGCAGCACCGGGGUGUCGAUGUCGACAGUCAACUCGUUGACCACCGCCGCGCUGCUCGUCGCCGUGCCGUUCGCCGCCGUGACGUUUGCCGCCGGAUCGCUGCCUUCACCGAUGUCUGAGUCGUCCUCCACCGCCGCCGCCGACCGUGUCGAUGAACGGGGCGAAGUCCUCCGUCGAGCCGCCGAUCACUGGACCACAGUAAAUAGAAAACACAUCGCUAAGCAGAGAUCAAGUGUGAGUGUAAAGUGUUGUGAUUGUGUGAAAAUGUGCGAAAGAACGCUAGCAGAGUACGAGGAGGAACUUUGUCCAACAAAAGAGGAGAAGGAGCGACAACAUGAAAAACAUCAAGUUGUGUUACACAGAACAGACAUCCAUCAGCUGAUUGGACACCAAGAAGAAUGUCUCCCUCAUCUCCAGGGGGACAGUUUCACUUUAGAGGAUACACAGCCCUCACGCUUUAAAGGGGACGAGGAGGAUCCACAGCCCCCUUAUUUUAAAGAGGAAGAGGAGGGAGAGUGUCCUGUAGGGCAGGAGGAGGCUGAUCUCACCAAGUUUCCACUGACUGUUGUCUCUGUGAAGACUGAAGAGCAUGAAGACAAAGCACCUGAGUCCUCACAGCUUCAUCACAGUCCAAACGUCUGUGAAGAACAUCUUCACCCUGAGCAACAGCAGUGGAGCUUCAGGAUGCGGACGGAGGAGCCACAGCCCUCCCACAUUAAGAAGGAAGAGGAAUACCCACUUAUCCCCCAUUUUAAAAAGGAAGAGGAGGACCCACUGACACCCCAUUUUAAAGAGGAAGAGGAGGACCCACUGACACCCCAUUUUAAAGAGGAAGAGAUGGAUCUACUGACCCCUCACAUUAAGGAUGAAGAGGAGGACCCACGGACCCCUCACAUUAAAGAGGAAGAGGAGGAACACAGCAUCAGUCAGCAGGGAGAGCAUCUUGAAGGACUGGAGGAGGUUGAUGUCACCAAGAUGCCAGUGACUGGUGUCCCUGUGAAGAGUGAAGGUGAUGAGGUCAAAGGUGAGAGUGAGGAGAAGAGAGAGGCGGAGCCUCCAAGCAGCAGCUCAACUCAACACAUGACAACAGAAGCUGAUGGAGACCACUGUGGAGGAUCACAAGCAGACAAGCUCUUAGCUCCACUAUCAGAUAGUGAGGACACAACGUCACACUCUCCUGACACUGAUGAUGAAGACUCUAAAGAUGAUAAGACAUGUCACACUGACAACACACACUUGAAGUGUUCCCACUGUGACAAAACCUUUAAAGACCGUAGCAAUAUGAAAAGACACAUAAGAACACACACUGGAGAAAAACCCUUUUCCUGCUCAGAAUGUGAUAAAAGUUUUGUAAGAAAUCAAGGUUUACAAGCACACAUGAGAAUACACAGUGGAGAAAAACCUUUUUCGUGUUCAAUCUGCCGUAAAGAUUUUACUGAAAGGCCCAAUUUCAAAGCACACAUGAGAACACACACUGUCGAAAAACCUUUUUCAUGUUCAAUCUGCGGUAAAGGUUUUACUCGAAGGGACAAUUUCAAAAAACACAUGAAAAUACACACCGGAGAAAAACCUUUUUCAUGUUCAAUCUGCGGUAAAGAUUUUACCCAAAGAGACCAUUUCAAAGCACACAUGGGAAUACACACUGGAGAAAAAGCUUUUUCAUGUUCAAUCUGCGGUAAAGAUUUUACUAAAAGGGACCAUUUAAAAGUACACAUGAGAAUACACACUGGAGAAAAACCUUUUUCAUGUACAAUCUGCGGUAAAGAUUUUACCCAAAGGGACCAUUUCAAAGCACACAUGAGAAUACACACUGGAGAAAAACCUUUUUCGUGUUCAAUCUGCAGUAAAGAUUUUACUAAAAAGGACCAAUUAAAAUCACACAUGAGAACGCACUCUGGUGAAAAACCAUACUCCUGUUCAAGCUGCCACAAAAGCUUUCGUCACUCAAAAUCUAUUAAAGUACACAUGAGAACACACACAGGAGAGAAAGUGUUGAGUUGCAGUGUGUGUGGUGAAAGAUUCUCUUCUAAGUACCAGUGUGAGAAACACAAGUGUGCUGGUGAGAACAGCAGCAGCAAAUGAAGAUGCAGGAUUUGAAAUAAACUUUCUAACAACAUCAGCACAUAUAACAUCUGUGACAUCAUUGUUGUGUGUGUAACACAAUCUUGUUAAUAUGAUUCUAACAUUUAUAGAUUAGACACUUCAGAUUAGUGCUUUUAUUUCAGUCAAGUACAUGAGUUAAUAUACACAUUUGUGUACUUUAAAAUGAACAGAACAAUUUGGCUGAAAAUGUGAGAAUAAACAGUACAUAAAAUAUGUUACAUACAAUAAACAUUUUAAGUGUAGAUAUUCACAAUUCACUUUUAUACUAAAUAAUGAAGUGUUACAUAUAUUUUUUUCUAACUGUAGAUGAUUCCAUAGAUUAACUCCUUUAUAUGAUAUACAUAUUUGUUUUACAUGUGUUCAUACCUUUGCUUUUGAGUACACAUAAAUCCCUCUUAGUUCAUAUUUACUGGUUCACAUCUGAAACAUCUUCUGGACCACUUCUGGAAGCAUAUUAUUAUUUACUUUAUACAUCAUUUGAGCAGUUGUCUUUUUUACAAUUUUAAAAUGUGUGACUUUAUGAAUCAUUUGUUGGGUCUCUAUAAUCCAUUCUAUUAAUUGUCUUUAUUACUCUCUUGUGUAAUUUGAAUUUUGUUGUGUGAUUGUUUUAUAUGUAUGUCCCAAGACCUUUAUGCAAUAAACAAUGUAUGCUUCAACUAAA